AUGGCAAAGGCAGUCAAUUUACAAAAUCUCGUAAAACAUAUUGUUAAUGGUACGUUGGCGGAAAAACUGUGCCGUAUAUGUUUAUUGCCAAUAAAUGAUCUCUAUGAAGAUAUUUUCACAAAUAUUUGUAAAGAAAACAACGAAUACUGUGUGGCUGAUGUACUUAACACGGUCUGUCAAAUAAAGAUUUCACAUGUAGAUAAUUAUAGAGUAUGUGCAAAUUGUUUUAUUAGUGCCUCUGAAGCUUACAAAUUUUACCUCCUCACUCAGAGAAGUAAUCAAAUUCUAGAAUUCUAUGUGAAUGAAUUGGAAAAUCACGUUAAUUCAAUAGAUUACACGGAGAAUAUGUCUGUAGAGUCUCUCUGCAUACCACUGCCAGUUAUAAUAGUUGAUACUGAUUAUGAUUUUGAUAUAAGUAAAUUUCCAUUCAAAAGUGUUCUUCACGAAAUUCCUAUUGUGCACGGUGGAAAUGUUACAACUGAAAUUAGUGUAGACCGUAUUAAAUCUGAAGACAGUGAUGAAGGAAACAUAGUUAUUGUGAUGGAUGAUGGAGUCCCUGCAUUCUUUAAGCCACAGAGAGACGAAUCGUUACUCACAUUUGACGGAGAGAAAGAUUUGAGCGUAGAUUACGAUAAUGAACCGGAACGGAAAAUUAAGAAGAGGAAAAGGAAACGGGAACCGAUGGAAUAUAAAAUAUGCAGCCGUUGUCCAGUUAGAUAUAGAUUUGUAAGAAAACUUAAAGAACAUAUGAAAGAAGAACACGGUGUCGAUCUUUUUGUUUGUAAGAUCUGCCAAGCCAUAAUAGAGGAUGAACAAGAAUAUAACAAUCAUCUCCAAACACACACAGGUAUACACACAUGUGCUAUCUGCAAUAUGGUGUUUAAGAAACGUAGCACCAUCAUAAAACAUUUUAAAUGGCACGAAGAAAUGAAAACUAAGAGUCAAUCGGACGGACUUCAUAUUUGUGAAUACUGCGGCCUCAUGUUAGUGAGUGAAAAUGAUUUAAAAGAUCACAAAGAUAAGAAACAUGUCAAAAAAUACACAUGCUACUACUGCGGCAAAAUGUAUAAAGGGGAAUUGAGUUUUGAAACUCAUAUUAAGAAACAUGAAGCUAAUAAUGAUUCAAAUAGAAGUUCUGUUAAAGUAAAGCAAGAAUCGAAGAAGAAACGCAAGUACACUUGCCCUACCUGUAAUCGUGACUUUGUUGAUGAGAGAGCUCUGUUGUGGCAUGAGCGACUACACACUAACGAAAGGCCAUAUAUUUGUGAUGUGUGCGGUCGCGGGUUCGUGUCCCUGAACCGUCGCAACCAACACUCUGUAUGCGCGCACACGGCGCCCGCCCGCCGCUGUCCGCUCUGUCCCGCGCUAUUCCACCUCAGAUCGAUGGUCAAUACUCACGUUAAGAAGGUACAUCUUAAAGCCCACAAGCGUCGUAAUCGCACCAGCAAGUAUCAGAAAGUGUUUUGGAAAACUGAACGAGUCCCUAUACAAGAGUUGAGUGUGUCCAUACAAAACGAACUGUUCGAACUACAGGCAACACAAAACCAAAAUGUUCUCACUAAGAAAUGGUAA